GCCAUGCGGAAGGGCUCCGGGGGGUCGCGGCGCUCCCGCGGGGCCGCGGGUUCGGGUCCCGGUCCGGGCGCGGUGCAGUUGGGGGUCCCGGGAUCGGUUUUGGGGUUCCCCCCCCGUACCCGGAGGUGCCCACGGCCAUUUCUGCCCCUCGUGGCCGUGGCGGCGGCCGCUGCCAUUCUGUACGCGGCGUGGCCCGGGGCGGAGCGGAGCGGAGGAGGAGAAGGAGGAGGAGAAGCGCAGCCCCCCCGGCUCCGCCCCCUCCCCCCAUCCGAAAAGCACCUCCGGACCCUCCUGGGGGGGCUGUCCCCCCCCCGCCUAUGGGAUGCCCUCCUGCAUCCCCUCCUACGGGAACGGCCACCAGGCAGCGCUGGGAGCCGAGCCGUGCGCCAGCACAUCACCACGCACCUAUCAGCGCUGAGUGCCGGCUGGCACCUGGACCUCGACACCUUUGCAGCCCCCACCCCCCGUGGGACGGUGACCUUCUCCAACCUGGUGGCCACGCUGUCCCCCUCCGCCCCCCUCCGCCUGGCCCUGGCGUGUCACUACGACACCAAAGUCCUGAUGUCACCUCCAGCUGCUGCUGCUGCUCCUUUCAUCGGGGCCACCGACUCAGCCGUGCCCUGCGCCAUGCUGAUGGAGGUGGCAGCUGCCCUGGAUGGGCCCCUGCGGAGCGCCAAGGAGGGGGAUGCAGAGGUGACACUGCAGCUGCUGUUCCUGGAUGGAGAAGAGGCCUUUGAGGAAUGGAGUGCCACCGACUCUCUGUACGGCGCCCGGCACCUCGCGGCACGCAUGGCGGCCACCCGGCACGGUGCCCAUGGCACGCAGCUCAGCACCAUGAGCCUUCUGGUGCUGCUGGACCUGCUGGGUGCACAGAACCCCGCCAUCCACAGCCACUUCCCCCAAACCCACCACUGGUUCCUGCGCCUCGUGGCCAUCGAGAAGCGUCUGCGGCGCCUGGGGCUGCUCCAUGCCUCCCCCCACGACCAACCCUUCUUCAGGCUCAGCCCGGCCCCGGGGUCGGUGGAGGAUGACCACAUCCCCUUCCUGCAGCGUGGUGUCCCCGUGCUGCACCUCAUCCCCCUGCCCUUCCCGUGGGUCUGGCACACAGCCGAGGACAACAAGGACAACCUACACCCUCCCACCAUAGAGGACCUCUGCAAGAUCCUCACUGCCUUUGUGGCUGAAUUCCUGCAGCUCUGAGCCCCCCGUGUCACACGUUGCCCCCCGUGUCACCCCCAGUCUGAGCCAGCCGGGGUGCUGGGACGACCCCUGGGUGUGCUGGGAGCCACCAAUAAAGUCUGUGGGGUCUGG